UAUCUAUGAGUCAAUUUGAAACCAAUUCACAAUCUUAGAUUCCAUUUUAGGAGAGAAAUAAAAUCAAUUCAAAUCGCUAAUUGGGGGUCUCUAAUACAUUGAAUGGAUAGAAUUCAAAAAUUUCUGAGCAAAAUGAGUAAUAAGAAAAUUUCUAAUAUUUUUAGAUCGGUUCCUUAAAGAUCUUCACAAACAAAUAAGUAAUACAUGCUUUAAAUUUAAGUUAUGGAAAUCCAUAAAUAAGUUCUUAAUUGACAUAAUACCCAUAGUUUAACUAUCCAUAAAUUGGUUAAUAAACUAUGAAAGAUUAAGAUUAAUUAGAGCAGAUACAAAAAUUAAGUAAGGAAAACGAUACAUUAAAGUAAUAAAUAUAAACUAAUCAGGUAUUAGUGGAGAGCAUUAGAAUAGGAAAAUCAAAAAUUGAAGAGUGACAAGUAUUAUAAUCUUAUAUAUAAUAUUAGCAUUCAAUUGAAUUCAAGAGAUAAAUCCAAUAUGAAUGAAAUCUAAGAAUUAUAGUAUAAUAAUUAAAUAUAAAACUAGAGAUCAAAUAUUGAUAUUAAAAAAUGAGAAUAAAAGAUUAACAAAUACUAUUUAAGACGAUUAAUAUUUGUUGAUAGAUUUGCAGAAAUUAAGGAAACAAGUAGAACUUAAUAGAGGACUUGAAAAUUAGAUAUCAAAUUUAGAGUAGCAAUUAGCAAUUGUUAGCAAAUAAUUAUAAGAAUAAAAAAGAUAGAAUGCAUUUUAAGAAUCUGAAAUACAAAAUUAAAAGGAAAUACUUGAAAAAUACAAAGCAUAAGUUAGAGAUCAAACUUUAGGAUUUGAAUCGUAGGUUUAAAAAAAUGAGUAAUUGUUGAUUGAUAACAGAAAAAUGAAAACGGCAUUAGAUACAAUUAACAAAGAUUUACAAAAAGAAUAGGAACAAAAUUAAAUGUUGAAUCAAAAAUUAAAUUAAAUAUAGUCUGGAGCUAAGGAUUAAAUAAGUAAUUUAUAAAAAAAUUUAUCUAAUCUUAAUUUUUAAAACGAAUAAUUGAAAAAUUAAAUAACUUAAUUAUAGUAAAAAGAGAAAGAACUAUAAAUAUCUUAGAAUAUGAAUAUCUAAUUAGAAAAUAAAAUAAGACAAUUGAAUCAAUAAUUAAGUGAAUGUAUUUUGCUUAUUUAUAUUUAGAAUAGAGAUAAAUUGAACAAAGUAAUGCUAUAAUUUCAAGUGGUAAAGUUGAAUAUACGAAAUUGUCAAAUAAAUGUUAAUAAUAAGAUUAGGAAAUUUGGAAAUUAAAAGAAUCAAUAAAUUCUAUAACUUAAUAAAAUUCUUUAAUAUCAAAUAAAUGUAGUUAGUUGGAAAAAAGUAUGGAAGAUAAUUUAUAAAGAUCAUAAAUGUAAUCAUCAGAUCUCAGUAGAUAACUAGAUAAAUGGAAAAAUUAUGGAAAUUAAUUAGAAUAAGAAGUAAAGAAAAGAGAGACUGCUUUAGUGAAUUUAGAAAAUGAUUAUAUAAAAACUGAAACUCAAUUAAAAUAAGCUUUAGAAAUCUAAUCUUAAUUAAGAAAUGAAAGAACUGUUUAAUUAGGAAAAUUAAAAGAAAUGCAUGCUGAUUUAUUAGUUUAUGAAAAAAAAUGUGAUUCAUUAGAAAGAAGUAAUAAUUAAAAAUAGUAAUAGAUAUUAUUACACUUGAAGCUCAAAUCAAAAGUUAAUAAUAACAUUAAGAAAGAUUAGAGUAGGAGAAAUAAUUACUAAAUCAAGAAAUUAAAUAAUUAAUUGAAGAUUAACGUAGAAUAUAAAAUUAAUAUGAUUUAAAAAUAAGAGAUUUUGAAUCUUUGUUAUAAAAACAUGAUUAAGAAAAUAAUUUAAAAGAUCGAGAUAUCUAAAAUUGGAGAUCUUAGAAUGCUGUUUUAGCUGAAAGGAAUAUUGUUUUGGAACAUGAAUUAGCACGAGAAAGAGUAAUAAUUUUAAUAUAUAUUUUACAAGGAAAAAUAAUUACAAUUAGAUUCUAAGGUUAGAAAUUUAGAAAAUGAAAUUCAUAAUCUCAAUUUUUAACAAACACUUAAAUAGUAAUAUUCUUGGAAUACUGAACCUCAGGUAAGUUUGGGAAAUUAGAAACCUUUAUUUACAGAAUAAAGUCACGAUUAUCAUUCACCAUAACCUAACUAUUAACAAAUUAACUCUCCUUAAUAUCAUUAAUCUGGAAUUUAAGUUUAAUCAAAUCAAAAACCUACAGAAGUUUCAAAUUAUGGAGCUGAACAUUAACGCAAUAAUUCAUCACAUCAAAUAAAAAGCAAAAAUUAUGAUUUAAGGUUCUAAAAUUAACCUUAAAAUUUAUAACAUUGAUAAUAUAAGACCG